GAACAAAAAAAUAUAUAUACACAUGUCGAAUCGAGUAACCUCCUCCUUUUUCGAAAUCGGUUAAAAAUCAGAGUCUUUCGUUUAACUGAGGAUAUUUGUAAAAUUGAUCCGUAUUGCAAUAUUCAAACACCUCGGUGAAUAAAACGUAGAUAUUAUAAUACACGAUAUAUUUAAUUAUGAUGAUAUCAUGUCUAACGUCAGUAGGUUUGUAUACUCAGAAAUUACUUCCUAAAUGAUUCAAAAUAUAAAUAAAUGUUUUAGGCAAAUAUUGUAUGGUGUCGAGUGCAUAUUGAAUUUUUUAAUUGAACCCUGUGCAUUUUAUUGUGUAGCCCAAGUGACACGUCAACUCGAGAGUUAAUUAUCCCACGAUAGUUUACGUAAAAUUCAUGUAGGUAGUGUUUCGUAAACUUGUUUGAGAAUCGUAUAAUAGAUACAGUCAUUAUUUAAUUUCGCGCUACUAAUCGAGUUACGCGGGCGCCAAACUUUGAAUUACAGGAACGCCAGCGCCUCUAGUUGAGAAAUAGGCCCGGGAGACUUUUCCUCCGUCUACAAUUAAAUACGAAGCAAUCAUGCUGACCGCUACGAACAGAAAAUUAAUCACAGAAAUUCUUAAUACACUUAAAACACAAAUAGACGAACAACUACUACCACCAAUGAAUAUUUAAAUAAAACAAAAUAUGACAGAGUUAACCGCGUAUUAGAGAGCUAUAAAUCAAAUUGGACUGCGUCAGUUUCAUCGUAAAGAUUGCUCAGCCUUCGAGCGCUGUUUUUCUCGGAGAACCGCAAGAUAAAAAUACAUGUUCGCUCAACGAUUAUUAGUCACCGACUAGUAUUUCGAUCGACAAGUUUCGCAACCCGAGCUAUUCAGCCGAUAAAGAACGACAACCGUGCACUUUAUGCCCGAUACGCAGAAGAACGAUCGCGGGCACGAAAGAAGACCCUCGAGAAGUGAAACGCGAACGAAACGUGACCGAGCUCACGUCGAACGUAUCGCGGCGCGUGUGCGUAAAUUACGCAAAGGAAUUUGCGAGUUGCGAAUUCUUCAGCGAUUGGAACGUGCGUAAUCGCAGGCGUGCACGAACUGUACCGAAGAAAAUUCGAAAGUGCGAGCCGCGGGUUUUAAAGUCGCCCACGAAUGUGGAACAAUGUGUUAUAGGUAAACGCAAACAGAUGAAGCAACGGUGAAGUAAUUACGCAAGUGGACUCGAGUCGAAGGAGUCCGUAUUCAAAUAAUGAGUAAUUGGCGAAUGAGAAUAUAAUUUAGGGGUAGAAUGAGAAGGGAGAAUAAAAGAUUGUUCGUGGCAGCGGAAUGAAUAUCGUGUGUUAGAAAGAAACAGCGAAGUUAGAGACUUUCACAAAUUAUAUGCAAUGGACUGAGAGGAGAACACUGAAAUUAACUAACGAGUCGAUUUGAAAAUAUAUAUCAAACUUUUUUCCGAAGAUGAAAAUUCCCAAUAAGAAAACAUUGCUCGACUGAUAGCGUAUCAAUCGCUGCGAGAGCAAAUACGGAGCCAGUUGGAAGGUUUCGCAGAAAGACUUUCUCGUCUCUAAGUGGAGAAAGCGAUGCUAUCUCCAUUAAAGAUAAAACAAAAAACAAAAAAGAAGGACAGUGAAGCAUGACAACAAGAGCUUUUGCGUGGCUCGGAGCAUUUUGCAAUGGACUCCAUUUCGGUCACCGGCACGACCGUGACCUCUGAUAGUAAUUUAUACACGUAUCGAGAUCAUGCUGCGCCCGAGGUCGACGCAAUAUAUCUGCGAAUCGUUACACACGUCAUCCCUCUGUGGGAUAUUUUUUAUUCAACGCAGGAGUCACGCUCUGAUUACUACAACCAGGAACCUUCCCGUCCAAUGCUGAAGCACUCGAUAGGCGUAUGUAUCUUUGUUUGCACGAUUAUGUUCGAGCCUACUUUAUCCAAGACGGCCAAGACCAGCAAGCGAAAUAGUGAUUUUCUGCGACGACUUCAGCAUGAAGAUGGUGUGACCAAGGAAAAAGAUUUUCGAGAAGAGUUGUCGGCCACGGAAGUGCCAAGUUUCGGCAACAGGACGUCGCUGAAGAUGUUGGAGGACAUCACGGCAAAGGUGUGGCGAAUCCUGCCUGUGAUUGGCGUACCUAGAAGCUGGGUGCUGGCGUAUUGCAUGAGGUACACCGAGAUUUCCGAAGAAGUGGAGAAGGCGUCUAUGAGCUGCCAGCACGAUGGAACAGAUUGGGACUGUGUUUUCAUUGAAUUGGUACUGGGUGGAGGACAGGACGACUUUAACGUGGGAAAAGUCGUGUCUUUGUUUCACAACCUUUCCAACCGAGAUUUGAGAUUCAAGCUACUCCGUGGAGCCGAAAUCUGUGGCAGAUUAUGGCAACGAUACAAACAAGUCCAAGAAAAACGACUGAUUGGCAUGCGUCUAAGUGUUCACGAAAAUAGCAGGAGGAAACGAAAUUUGAAAAAGAAUCGACGCUCACGCGGCUCGAAAACUCGAAAGCAUUCAAGAAAUAAGAAAAAGGAAGACGAACGGGACGAAGAAUUGAAGAAACUUAGGCAAGCUACCAAGGAAAUAAAAGCAAUUCGUCGAUCGCUGAUCAACAAAAUUGCGGCACUCGAGAAUAAAAAGCCUUUGAGUCCUGAGGAAGAAACGGAACUCGAAAAAUUACAAUUAACAAUGGCGAAGAAGCCUAGUAUAGAAGAAUAUCCCAUAACAGCAGAACGAUCAGAGUUAUCUCGUCUGGAAGAUGUAGGAUCAUGCUUGUCGAGACAAGCUGCGAAAGCUUGCGAAUCCGUUGUUCUCGACUCUGUUCAAAAAUUGGUAUAAACACUUGUAUUAUUGAUAUUAAAAAAA